GUGUGUAAAGAUCGAUAGCUAUAAAAGCAGUGAGAUGAAAGAUUCGAAGCACAGUGCAUCAUAAGAGUUUUAAGCUCUUCACAAUGGCUGACCAAACGUUCAGCUAUCUUAGGACACUGUUCCUACUUUCCUUUGUUACGGCCCUUUUAGGAGCACCAACUCCAGAAACAACGACGGUAGCAUCUUCCGAAGUGGAAGAAUAUACUUUAGCGACCGAGCUGAAACCUCCUCCAGUACCGCAAGAAGAGGAGCAUCAGUAUCUAUUUUUCGUAAUAAAUUUAUAUGGAGUGAAAAAUGCAAGCGGUGAAACUUCGGACGAAAUGUUCGAAAAUGAAAUCGCCCAGAAGGUUCCAGAAUUAUCAGAACCUUUAGCGACUGUACUGCUGGUCAUCGAAGUUGACGACAACGAUGAAGAGACCAACAUUCCAGUGAAUCUCAACGAAAUCGCGGAUGAUUUGGAACAUAGCGAAGGAUUUAACGUCGAAAGAAUCAACGAUGCAGGUGAAACCAAACUGCUCAGAGUGAAGCUCGAUAAGAGCGAUGUAGAAGGCAUGAUGCCAUCGAAAGCAAAGCUGGAAACGAUGAAGAAAUCUCGUAAUAAGAGAACAGUGUGCUUGAAGUGCUCGGGUUCACCCGGAGGUGGACUUGGAGGAGGACUCGGAGGUGGAUAUGGAGGCGGAUUAGGAGGCGGUGGUGGAUAUGGAGGAGGAGGUGGAUUUGGAGGAGGAGGUGGAUUUGGAGGAGGAGGUGGAGCAGGUGGUGGAUACGGCGGUGGAUCAAAAGGUGGAUGCAAAGGCGGUGUAGGAUGCGGAGGUGGAUAUCCAAGUGGUGGUGGUGGAUAUCCUGGAGGUGGAGGUGGAUAUCCAAGCGGUGGUGGUGGAUAUCCUGGAGGAGGCGGUGGAUAUCCCGGAGGUGGUGGAUAUCCCGGAGGCGGUGGUGGAUAUCCUGGAGGUGGAUGCCAUGGUGGAAAUUGUGGAGGGGGUGGAUAUCCUAGCGGAGGAGGUGGAUAUCCUAGCGGAGGAGGUGGAUAUCCUGGACACUCUGGAGGAGGAGGAGGUUGCAGCACAUGUGGUGGUGGUGGUGGAAAUUCGUACGCUUCAGCUUCGGCACAAGCUCAAUCCGGUAGCUGGGGAAAAUAAACCAGUUGGAAUUGGAGGGUUAGAGAAGUCAUCAAUUACCUACUGCCUGAAAUGUUCUGAACAAAGUGAUACGAACAAGUAAUCUCAUUAAUUUUGCCACAGUGUAACGUUUGUCAUCUUGAUCACCUGAUUUGUAUAACUGUGCACAGAGAAUAAAAGACGAAAUAAGAAAUACAGUAAACGGGUUUCGUUUUUAAUGAAAGCACAGGAAUAAUCGUAUUAGUUGGAUUCAAGCGAGUUCCAGGAAAUAAUCUCAGGUUCCAUUGGUGAUUGAUGUUCGUCGUUAAAAGAGGAAGAAGCGCAACCAGAUAACGAACAUCGUUUUUAACAUGCCAUGUGCAUUGCAAGCCAGUAUAUUAAUUCAUACGUACGAUUCGCGAGUUACCUGUGUUUAUGAUAAUAUGAUAAUCGAUCAUGUGGAUCAUGACAGUUUUCAUUCGUACUUUUGUUCAACUUGAGAAGCUGUUACCACCCCUGUGACUAAUUUGUACAGAAAUGUUAGAACUACUGAAAAGA